CAGAGUUUCCUGCAAAAUAAGCCCUCCUGCUGAUGUGUUGAGUCUUAAAUGGUAAAAGUGACACCUGUUUCUUCACUUUCUUUUCUUCUUUUCUUCUUUAUUAUUUCUUAAAGUAUGAACACUUUAGUCAUAGUUUUGAUAUGUAUAGUAGCUGCUUGUUUUGUUCAUAGAGACAGCUACUUCAGUCAAUUCUUUAAGGUCCUAUUUCACCACUGGAGUAAUAUAGUCAAGUCUAUUUUAUCUUUAUCUCUAUCAACAAAAGAACAAUCAAUAUUCGAAGAAGAAUUUAAAUAUUUGAUUGUUACAUCCUCUCUUUUCAAUCAAACUCCACAGCUUGAGCAACCAGUCCAUCAUAAAGCAACAGAGUCUAUACUCAGCGAUAUCAAAGCAAGACCCAAACAAGACAAAUUUUCACAAAAAGAUUUAAUUGUCCUUAUUGCUGGCAUGAGUAUCACCUGUGCUAUAUUAAGUGUGAUAUUAAGAAAGCACAAUUUACUGUUACUCUUGUUUGGCUUGGUGAUGGCCUAUAUGUCCUCUUGCUACUUUUCAUAUCGUCAUUAUAGACAUAUUCAGAUCAGAAGAAUUCAUGUCUCAGCACUAGAUUCUAUGCACGAAAUUAUUGCAUUGUCUAAAGAAAGCGACGCUCUCCUCAUUCGUUUAUUAAAGACAUUUCAUUCUCACCAACACGAGGAGCAACAACAAACAUUCGGCACAUUACUAUCUUCUCAUUUCGAGACAUAUAUUGAAACUGUACAACAAUUAAAGCCCUUGAUUGAUUCUCAUAAUUUAUCUCGUCUAAGAGAUAUGUACAACAUUAACAAAGAAAUUCCGUCAAUCUUGCUCGAAUUUGAGUCUCAUCAAUAUAGCAUGGAAGAUAUUGACUUAAUCUAUUCAGUCAUUGGUUGGAAAAGGCGGGAGUAUUUACUAUAUUUACUGGCUUUAGAUGUCAUGUCAAACAAUAGAGCAACACAUUAUGGAAAGAAUUGGAGACAAGCUAUUCAAGUCAACAAAGGUCUCGUAAAUGAAUACAAUGAAUUCAACAAAAAACUUCUUGAUCUCUCUAUGAUGGUCGAUAACGAUCAUCCAAUGAAAGAUGAACGCCCAAGAUCUGUUUCUUCUGUUUCCACUUUGUCAGAUGAUACAACAGAUGGCAUGUCAGAUGAAAGAACACUUACUUUGAUGCAUAGAGUAUCUGCACUUGAAAAAUACGUCGAAGAUAUACAAGCCGAACUGUUCUUAUGCAAACAAGAUACAAGAUCAUUAGCAUCGGGUCGAGUGUCUGUAUUCAGCUUAGAGAGGAUAAGCAAGCGCUUUAACCAUAUUGAUGAAAACAUGUCUAACCUAGCCAGUCAAUGGGAAGAAGGCAAACAAUCGUUAAACGUACUUUUAGAACAUGAACAGCUCAAAUUGAAAACUACACUUUCAUCAUUACCUUCGCCGCCCAUCUCACCUAUAAAAGAAUCAUCUAAUAAUCAAGAAGAUCAUGACACGAACUCAUCAUUAGCUGCUCAAUUAAACCGAUGCCGCAGUUUUAACGUCGGGAAGCGAAGACCACUCAGCCAAACUCGAUUACAACGAGUUCAAUCUCUCAAAACCAAAAAUAGCAAUAGACGAUCAACUCUUCCCUCUAAUCUAUAGUUAGAUAAUAUACCUUUUUGUAACAUUGGAAUAUAUAUAUAUAGAAUUAAAUAGCUACACUUUAAAAACGCUUUGUUUGUUUAUUUGAAUUGAAUGAAACAAUGGCUCCCUCUAUA